AUGAACCCCGAAUACGACUAUCUCUUCAAGCUCCUCCUCAUCGGAGAUUCCGGUGUUGGAAAGUCUUGCCUGCUUCUGCGAUUUGCCGAUGACACCUACACCGAGUCCUACAUCUCGACCAUCGGUGUCGAUUUUAAAAUCCGAACAAUAGAGCUUGACGGCAAGACGGUCAAGCUGCAGAUUUGGGAUACUGCCGGCCAAGAGCGAUUCCGAACCAUCACCUCCUCCUACUACCGUGGCGCCCACGGCAUCUGCGUCGUCUACGAUGUCACCGACAUGGACUCGUUCAACAACGUCAAGCAAUGGCUCCAGGAGAUUGACCGAUACGCCACCGAGGGCGUCAACAAGCUGCUGGUCGGCAACAAGAGCGAUAUGUCGGACAAGAAGGUUGUCGAGUACAGCGUGGCCAAGGAGUUCGCCGACAGCCUGGGCAUCCCCUUCCUCGAGACCUCGGCCAAGAACGCCAGCAACGUCGAGCAGGCCUUCCUGACCAUGGCCCGCCAGAUCAAGGAGCGCAUGGGCACCACGACGGCGAACAACACCAAACCCAGCGUGCAAGUCGGCCAGGGCCAGGGCGUCGGUAACUCCAACAACAACGGCUGCUGCUAA